AUGUCUCAAGCCACAAAACAACAAAAAUUAUCUCAAUCUUUGAAGAUACAACUGCGUUCACCAGAUGCUACUGUUCCAACUAAAGGUUCUGCAACUGCAGCUGGUUAUGACAUAUACGCUUCUAAAGCUAUUACUAUUCCAGCUAGAGGCCAAGGUUUAGUGUCUACUGAUAUAUCAUUCACUGUUCCAGUUGGUACCUAUGGUAGAAUCGCACCAAGAUCAGGUUUAGCUGUUAAACACGGUAUUAAUACUGGUGCUGGUGUGAUUGAUAGAGAUUACACUGGUGAAGUUAAAAUCAUGUUAUUCAACCAUUCUGAAAAGGAUUUUGAAAUUAUUAAAGGUGAUAGAAUUGCUCAAUUAAUCUUAGAAAGAAUCAUUGAUGAUGCGGAAAUUGUUGUAGUAGAAUCAUUAGAAGAAAGUGAAAGAGGUUCCAGUGGCUUUGGUAGCACAGGGAAAUAG